AUGGCAGACAAAAACAUAUCUCCCAAACGCACGCGUGUAAAAAUCAACGUUGGAGGUACAGUUUUUGAGACCUACCUUUCUACUCUCACAAAAGUGAAUGAUAGUGUGCUCUCCGCUAUGAUAGCCGAGGAAAUGCAAAAUGGGGAUGAACUGUUUAUAGACAGGAAUCCCCUCCUUUUUGCAAAAGUCAGAAAAUUCAUUUCGCAAUCUUAG